AUGAUGGCAUCGCAAAAAACAGGAACUAGCAAAGAUCGUACAACCAAUUUUAGUAAAGAAGAGACUGUAAAACUGACAUGCCUCCUCAAGGAUUAUUCGAUAAUUACAAGCAAAAGAACUGAUCACGCGAGUAACCAGCAAAAAGAUGCAGCGUGGCGAUCUCUAGCAGAAAAGUUUAAUUCGGACGCUGUUGUUUACAGAAAUGUUAAGCAACUACAACAAAAAUUUAACAAUAUGAAAAAAAUAGCCAGAAAAGAAAUGAGUGCAGAGAAAAAUGGUAGGAAACAAACUGGAGGUGGACCACCACCCCCUAAACCAUCAGAGACAACAGAAUGGUUAAACACCAUUAUGGGCGAGUCAAUUUCUGGCUUACCCGCUAUAUAUGACAGUGAUGCUUUAGUUGAUGGUGACACAACGCUUGAAAUGUCAAACACAGCAGAAUGCACCAUAUCUCUAGAUUUAAUGGAAAACGAAAUGUCCGAUGCAGGUGAGAUGCAGACUCAAAAAAAGGUUGAUAUAACGUUUGACAACUCUACACCAAAGGCUUUGCUCAGGAAACCAAUUUCAAAGCAAUUAUCGAGUCCUCACAACAAAAGAAAGAAAUGUUAUACUCCUUUUGAAGCCAGAAAACGUAUCGUAACUCAUUUUGAAGAGAAAAAAGAGUUUUUAACCGAAAAAAAGAGCAGGGAAGAGCAAAUAAAAAAAUAUGCACAAGAAGAGCACCAGCAAAAUAUUACACAUAAAGCAGAUAAAUAUAAAAGAGAAAUAGAAUUCAUGGAACAAAAGCACGCUUUGUACAUGGAACAACAAAAGGAAAUGCAUGAGCUCGAAGUAGUAUUUAAGAAAAAUAUACAAGAAUUACUUUUGGAAAAAGUUAAAUUAGAAAUUUUAAAAAUUAAGAAAUGCAGCUGUAUUUCAGAACAAUAG